GACACGCGCAUAAUCUAACACGAUCUUUUUAAGACAAUCUAAUCAUGUCUAAGUGUGACCAAUGUAAUAAACCUUUUUCUAAAUCUUUGCCUGGAUGUGAAUGUGCCCGAUGUGAAAAAAUGGUACACCUAAAUACCAGAUGUAGUGGUCUUACCAACAAACAGAUAACCGCAUUAAAGGCGGCCCCAAGCUUGGACUGGACCUGUAUGGAAUGUCAACAAGAAUCCCCGAAGCGAAACUCCUCUUUGUAUCUAACAGAGGAUGCAGAGGAGGAUAUACCUAUGGACACUAAGGGGCUAAUAAAGAAAAUUUCAAAGGAAGUAGAAAAAACUAUAAAGAAGGAAAUAAACGAAUUCAACCAAUCUCUGCAAUUUCACAGUACGAAGCUGGACGAAGUAUUAGGUUGUAUUGAUGCUUUUAAAAACACCAUAAAAGUUUUAGAAAGAAAAAACACGGAACUAAUACACAAAAACAACAAUCUGGAAUUGAGGGUAGGUGCAUUGGAGCAGCGUUUCCAAGAGAUGGAACAGGAGAAACUUUCUAAUUUUAUAGAAAUAGCAAACGUCCCCCCUGCGAGUGAAGAGAAUGUGAGAAAAUUAGUUGAAAAUGUAGCAUUAAAACUUAAACAGCCCUUCGACAGUAUCCGUAACACAAUGCGAUACCAAGGUAAAAACGACCAACCGGGCAUUAUACAAGUAAAACUUAAUGAUAAAGCAACCCAAGAAAAGUGGAUUAAAGCUGCAAAAACCAUUAAAACUAUGGUGGCCGAUGUUUGCCCCUAUGAACCCAACAAUAACAAAAUAGUAUUCAUCAGGGAAGCAAUGACUAAACACAACAAAAGCGUUUUAUGGGAAGCCAAACAGGAAUUAAAGAAUAAACAAGGAUAUAAAUACGUAUGGUUUAAAAACGGUAUGGUGCGUGCAAGAAAGGAUGAAAACACUAAAAUACAAAACCUAAGAUCAGUGUUGGAUAUACAAGUGCUAAAAAAAAGACAGAAUGCCAAUUAACUGACCAAUUUAAAUGCAUAUAAAUUAUUAUUAUUAAGAUGGAUAGUUUAACUAGUGAUAUUUGUGAAUUAGAAGACUGUAUAAACAUAAGUGAUUUUGUGAGUAAAAUUCCCAGUAGACAUUUAAAUCUAUUGUGUGUACACAUAAACAUAAGGUCAAUCAUAAAAUACUUUGAUAGUCUUGAGCAAUGUAUUUAUGCGGCUGGCGCUGUUGACGUUAUUGUGCUUACAGAAGUAAACAUUUCUGAUAAAAUCAGUUGUCUGUAUAAUUUAGAUGGAUACCAUAUGUUUUCGGCACUCAGAAACGGUAGGAAAGGUGGAGGUAUCGUAGUAUAUGUAAAAAAGAAACAUAAAUUUAAUAUGAAAAUUGUAAAAAGCCAACAUUUCGAGAAUAUACUUUUUACCAUCACAACUCGGACAAAAUACACUGCUCAAAUUUGUGCAAUUUACCGCCCACCUAGCCUAAGCAAGAACCUGUUUAUUGACGAACUUCAUAAUAUUAUUAAGAACAACUGUCAGAAAAAUAUUGAUUUGUAUCUAUUGGGAGACGUUAAUAUAAAUCUAAAGCUAGACAUUCCUAUAAAACAUAAAUAUUGCAACACAUUACACAGUUUAGGCCUUAUGUGUGGGAUCACAACUUACACUAGGGCGGAACUAUACAAAGGAACCAUUACAAAAUCAUGCAUAGACCACAUAUACGCUCGAUCCCAAACACACGACCUAUACACGGCAACGGUUGGCACAAAACUAGCGGACCAUCGAGCGAUCGUGCUUGCUUGCACAGGAUGUUCCAACAUAUAAAACAUUAAUUGACAAUAAUAAAUUAACGAUCCUUCUAGAGCAAAUUGAUUGGAAGCCGACAUUAGAAAUGAAGUGUCCUAUUGGUAUAUAUAACUUCAUACAAAAUAACUUAACACAAGCAUAUAAAAAAUCUGAAUGUACAGUUAAACUUAAAUCUAACUCUCUUCGAAAUAGUAACCAUUGGAUUAAUAAUAGAAUUAUUAAAGGAUGUCAGUACAGAGAUAAACUUUUUACUCAAUAUAUAAAAGAUCCAAACAACUU